CCUCCCAGUCCCUCCCAGCCCCUCCCAGCUCCCCGCCAUGUCCUCCUGCGCCGAGCUGCUGCGUUUCCAACUGCCGGGCCACGAGGCGGCGGCGCUGCGCUCCAUGACGCGGCUGCGGGCCGAGGAGCGCUUCUGCGACGUCACCAUCGUGGCCAGGAGCCUCCGCUUCCGCGGCCACCGCGUCAUCCUGGCCGCCUGCUCGCCCUUCCUGAGGGACCAGUUCCUGCUGAACCCGGCGGCCGAGCUGCGCGUGUCGCUGGCGCACAGCGCCCGCGUGCUGGCCGACCUGCUGCUCUCCUGCUACACCGGCGCGCUCGAGUUCGCCGGCAGGGAUCUGGUGAAUUACCUGACGGCCGCCAGCUACCUGCAGAUGGAGCACGUGGUGGAGAGGUGCAGGGGAGCCUUGGCCAGGUUCAUCCAGCCCUCGCCGACAGCGCCGGUGCAGCCGCCGAAGAACGAGGAGGACGAGGAAGACGAGGACGAGGAGGACACGACGGACGUUUGCAUCGUCAAGGUGGAGCCGGCCACGCGGCGCAGGGGGCGCAGGUGGCCGGUGGUGGCCGGCAGCGAGGUGGUGAGCCAAGGUCCGGCGGGAGUGACCGCGGUGGUGGCGGCCGCGCCGGACAACGCCAGCGCGCAGCUCGGGGUGGUCAAGGCGUGUUACAGCCUGGCCGAGGACGCUGAGGGUGAAGGUUUGGUCAUCUUCCCCGGUGGCGGUGGUGGUGGUGGUGGCAACGCCGCCGUGGCCACCAGCGAGGAGCCACCGGGCAACCAAGGAGCUGUGGGCGCCUCGACCACCACCACACCAACACCAUCAUCGUCAUCAUCAUCAUCAUCGUCGUCAUCGCGCUGCGGGAAGUGCGGGGAGAGCUUCCAGGGCGUGGAGAAGCUGGUGUUCCACAUGAGGGCCCAGCACUUUGUGUUCAUGUGCCCGCGCUGCGGCAAGCAGUUCAACCACAGCAGCAACCUCAACCGGCACAUGAACGUGCACCGAGGGGUCAAAUCCCACGGCUGCGGCGUCUGCGGCAAGAGCUUCACCCAGAAAUCCACCCUGCACGACCACCUGAACCUGCACAGCGGCGCCAGGCCCUACCGGUGCUCCUACUGCGACGUCCGCUUCGCCCACAAGCCGGCAAUCCGGCGGCACCUGAAGGAGCAGCACGGCAAAACCACGGCGCAGAACGUUCUGGAAGCUGGAGGCGCCGAGGGCGGGGUGGUGAUGCGUUGA